UCUGGGUCUAUGCUGUUACAUGAACAUUACCUUAUCAUUUUAAUCAUACAACUGGUUUACAUGUUGGAUUUGAAUACGACAGAGAAGGUCAGUGUGGCUGCUUUAUGAAGAAGGCGUUAAAACACGAUGGGAUACACGGGUCUCUUCGUGUGUUUAAUGUGGAUCCAAUGUGCACUCAUGAUCGGAGAACCCCUUUGUAGCAAAAUUCUGCAAUUUGUGCCCAGCAGCACGAAAACAGAUGUGUGGGAAAGCCAAGGUUCCAGUGUUGAACUGAACUGCACUGUUCUGAUCCACUUCAAUAACAACAGUGAGAUUGAAUGUAAAGCCCAUCUACAUUGGAACAAAAAUGGAGAACCCCUACCCAGCACUGGAUACUUCACCCAGAACACAUCACAGUGGUCCACAGGAAAAGACCAGCUGAUGUUAAGCAGUGUUCUGACUGUAAGCCUUAAGGAUAAGUCAGAUUUUGGUCUCUACUCAUGUGAAAUAUGGAAUAGUACAACAACCUUUAGGCUUCAAAAGACAACUUUUCCCAAUCACACAAGUGCAGUGUUGGCAUCUCUGGUUUUGUUUAUAAUCUUAGUCUUGGCUGCUGUAGUGUAUUCAAAAUGUCAUCUCAACUUCAAACUCUGGUAUAAAAACUCAUAUGGGGAAUAUGAAAUUAAUGAUGGCAAAAUAUAUGACGCUUACAUUUCGUAUAUAAAUGAUGAGAAUGACCAUAAGUUUGUCAAUUUUAUUCUAAAACCUCAGCUGGAGAAUAAGUGUGGGUACAAGUUACUUCUUAAUGACACAAACAUCCUCCCUGGAGCAGAGCCAUCUGCAGAGUUACUUAUGAACAUUAGUCGCUGCCGGCGGCUCAUCGUAGUGUUGUCACAGGGGUAUCUACAGCAGGAGUGGUGCACUUCUAACUUCAGACAGGGUUUAUUUCACCUGAUGGAGCUGUGUCGGAAGCCCAUCUUCAUUGUCUUUCAGUCUCAGAAGAAGAGUAUUAAUGUGGACAUCUGUCAGCAUUUACGAGAUCACCAAGGACGAAUCACAACUCUUAUUUGGGGAGCACAUUCCAUUGCCCCAUCAUCUGGAUUUUGGAAGGCACUAGCUUUGGCCAUGCCCCGUAAGGUGAUGUUUCAUAGUGAGUUGAUUGGAGACCCCCAGACUCUGCUUCAGGGGGAUAGGGACCCCAUGCUCACUGUACAGCCAGACUAUCUGGACUGCACACCUGAUCCAGACCCUGCAGGAGAUCUGGGGAUACGGUUCCCCAUCUAUAAAGCAAUGUCCAGGGACCAAGUUCUGCCAACAUCUUCUGAGCCAGUGACUGAAGCCAAAACCUCUGAGAUUGAUGUUUCUGAUCUGGGCUCUAGGAGCUAUGCUGCCCGAACAGAUUUUUACUGUCUGGUUACUGAUGACAUUUGAACCUGAAGCACAUUGUUCCUCUUUCACUCCAACUUGUGGUCAUGCUUUUUAUGUUUCAAAAAAAUUUUCAUUUUUGGAAGCUUGAUUUAACACGAUUAGAAAAGUCUUUUACAAGGGCUUAAGUUUAUUUAAAACACACAACAUCUAAGUCAUUACUUUUUUUUUUAAAUUUAAACUGGUGCCAUUUUGAUUACUUGUAUGUAAAAGUCUUAUAUUUAUAAUUAUGUUAACUAGUAGUGAUACAGCAGUAUUGCACACACCUUUUGCUUGCACUUACCUGUCUUUCAGCAACAAACUUACUGCAAAAGUGUCGAAGUGCAAAAUAUUGCUAAAAUUUCUCAGUAGUUCUUGUACAUAGCUCUUAUAUUUGUAUAUACUUCAAUUAACUGUUUCCAAAUGAAUUUAUUUUGUGGGCCAUUUGUUGUUACAAGGCAUUUCAGGUCCUUCUCGUGUUAUUUUCGAUAGCACACUAUAGCAAGACACCUGAUCUUAAACGGUCAACCCCCCGCCACAAUGAUUUACAUACUCGGUUUUAAGAACCAAUUGUAGAAGUGUGUCAGGCUUUAUUUGAAUUAGAUUUACAUUUUUGAUGGCCAGCCUGUGUGCUUUUGUACAGUCUUGUGAAGUGCAUGAACAACUAAACUGACUAAUCCUUUUCGAACGAAAUCAUUAAAGUAUAUUGACGACCGGAUAACCAGCAUGCUUUUGUCUAACUUGCAAAUCUCCAUGCAUUGUCUGCCUCAAAAGAUGAGGCAAAAGAUAAAUAGACACACAUUUAAACAAUGUGCAAGUGUUUCCCAUGUUAAACUGCAGAUGGCAGCACUGGAAAUGAAUACUGAAAUUGAUAAUAAUAUUAAUACAAUUUUAUUCAAUACAUUGCUGGAAUAAAGCUGAGAGUAUUUAAGUGGGUUCAUCAUGUUGAACACAAAAUUCCCACAGUCAUAAAAAAACAUGGUCAAACAUGUGUUAUGACCCUGCAAUUGUAGCAUAUAACUAUGAUUGUGUAUUAAAUGGCUUUUCUAUACUGUAUGUCACACUCUGCAGUGUACAGUGUACAAUGUAUAUAGUGCAUACAAUGCCUUGUAGUGUAUAUCACACAAACUCAUCACAGGACACACAUCAAACAUAGCUUGUGUUUACACAGCAGAGUCCUUUUUAGUACUCUCCAAAGCACACACAGCUAGUCAGUGGUCCACCAGCUGGAAGUCCUGUCCACGCAGGGCUUAAGCAGGGCUUCUCUGUACACAGGGUUGGACUGCAUGAAAAAGACACUGAAAAAAAAUAA